UACAGUACAGACCUCCCAGCUCCGCGUUUAUCCAACUCCUCCGACACAUACUGGGAGCAGCUUUUAUAAGACGUGUGUAAAAUAUGGAGGCUUUGUAGUGAAGUGACGGGAUUAUAGACGCUGGAUACUUCCUCUGCCACUCUUUCCCUCUGGACACUUGGACACUCCUUAAUUUUUGUUCGCUCGAUGUGGACCGAGUUCAGCAGGGAUCCCAGCAGACAGUCCCUGGUGGUUUGUGUAUAGGAAAUGGCAACUGCUCUCAGUGGCCGAAACCCUGGAGGACGAGGGCCAAACAGAAGUAAGGGUCGGAUUUUAGGCAUCAUCGAUGCAAUCCACGAUGCAGUGGGGCCGCCGAAACAAGCGGCUGCCGACCGGCGGACUGUGGAGAAAACCUGGAAACUCAUGGAUAAAGUUGUCCGCCUCUGCCAAAAUCCCAGACUCCAGCUGAAAAACAGUCCGCCAUACAUCCUGGAUAUCUUACCUGAUGCCUACCAGCACCUGCGGCUUACACUGGGCAAAUAUGAAGAGAACCAGAGACUCACACAGCUCAGUGAAAACGAGUAUUUUAAAAUCUACAUCGACAGCCUUAUGAGGAAAUCCAAACGGGCCAUCAGACUCUUUAAAGAGGGAAAGGAGAGGAUGUAUGAGGAGCAGUCACAGGACAGGAGGAACCUGACCAAGCUGUCUCUGAUCUUCAGCCACAUGCUGGCUGAAAUCAAAGCCAUCUUUCCCGGAGGACAGUUCCAGGGGGACACUUUCAGGAUCACCAAAGCUGAUGCCGCUGACUUCUGGAGGAAAUUUUUUGGAGAAAAGACAAUAGUGCCGUGGAAAGUAUUCCGACAGUGCCUUCACGAAGUGCAUCCCAUCAGCUCAGGCCUGGAGGCCAUGGCUCUCAAAUCCACCAUCGACCUCACCUGCAACGACUACAUCUCUGUGUUUGAGUUCGACAUUUUCACACGCCUCUUCCAGCCGUGGGGAUCAAUUCUGAGGAACUGGAAUUUCCUGGCAGUGACACACCCUGGCUACAUGGCCUUCCUUACAUAUGAUGAAGUCAAGGCCCGACUGCACAAGUACAUCAACAAGCCUGGCAGUUACAUCUUCAGACUGAGCUGUACACGGCUGGGCCAGUGGGCCAUUGGCUAUGUGACUAAUGACGGCAACAUACUGCAGACCAUCCCCCACAACAAACCGCUGUUCCAGGCCCUCAUUGAUGGCUACAGAGAGGGCUUCUACUUGUUCCCCGAUGGUCGCAGUUACAAUCCUGACCUCACUGGUUUAUGUGAGCCGACGCCUCAUGAUCACAUCAAAGUGACACAAGAGCAGUAUGAGCUGUACUGUGAAAUGGGCUCCACCUUCCAACUCUGUAAGAUCUGCGCUGAGAACGACAAAGACGUCAAGAUUGAACCCUGCGGUCACCUCAUGUGUACUUCCUGUCUCACAGCCUGGCAGGAAUCAGAUGGUCAGGGUUGUCCAUUCUGUCGUUGUGAGAUCAAAGGCACAGAGCCCAUCAUUGUUGAUCCUUUUGACCCAAGGAAUGAGGGCAACAAGUGCUUUUUCCUGGACCAGCACAGCUGUCCCAUGCUGGAGCUGGAUGAUGAGGAAGACAGAGAGGACUGCCUGGUGAUGAAUGGACUGGCCAACAUCAGGAAGCACUGUGCAGAGCGUCAGAACUCACCCAUGGUGUCUCCCAGCUCUUCACCUGUCAGCCAACACAGAAAAGUCCAGGGUGGAGACACCAGCCACUGUGUCCAGCACCUCGGCCUUCCCCCAGUCCCGCCACGACUCGACCUCAUCCAGAAGGGUGCCAUCCGUUCCCCGUCUGCCAGUCCCACCGGCUCCCCGAAGUCAUCACCAGGCAUGUCCAGGAAACAGGACAAGCCUCUCCCAGCCCCGCCUCCUCCCCAGAGGGACCCACCCCCACCGCCUCCUCCUGAGCGUCCCCCUCCCAUCCCCCCAGAGUCGCGUCACUCUUGGCUCCCAGGUUCCUCCUCCUUAUCUUCUUCCAUCUCAUCUUCUACUGGCACCCUGUCAGACUCCCAGAUGCCCCCUGAGACACGAUGUCCCAAAGACAGCCACUUUGCAGAUGCCCACAGGACUGGAUCGGAGCACCCGCUCCAGCUGGAACCCAGCGGCCCCUCUCACCUUAACGGAAGACCGCUCAGUUGUCCGUCAGCUGGAUUUGGGAGGUUACAUCACAGAAUGGAGGGAGCAGGAACCUCAGAGAGCUCCAAGCCCUUCUCUAAUGGUGUGCAAGUCAGCGAUGAGUAUGACAUCCUUCCCUCACGGCACUCGCCAACGCAGUCCUCGCUUGCCUGUAGCCACAAACCUUCCAACCCUUUUAGCAGUCCUGUGAUAGAACGACAGCGGGGAGGGAUGGAGAGAGCGGAGGACGAUUACCAGAUCCCUUCAUCCAACCUCUGCCUGAGCCAGGCUCCCAUCUGCAUCUCUGUACCCAGCAGGCACUUGGAGAAUGGCUCUCCAGAGCCCUCCAUCGACGAGAAGAAGUCCCAGCCACCCGAGCCUGGUGGACACUCCGAGUCAGUCAGGGGCUUGGUCCCACGGGUGCCACACACUGCCCCCUGCCCCUUCAGCACCAACAAGAUACCCUCCGACUAUGACAUUCUGCUGCCUCCACAAGCAUUAGAAGACCCCUUCAACAGCCGCCCUCCGUCCCAGCCUCCUCCUCCACCGGCGCGGCACAGUUUCAUCGACCUCUCCUCCUCUUCUUCGUCCUCAUUCUGCAACUCCUCCACAUCCUCAUCCUCUGUCACUGCACGACCACACAGGCCCUCCUCUGGACACGAGCACUUGCUGUUAACCCCCGACACGGUGUUUGACAUGCUGAACAGUGCUGCUCCUCUGCCUCCAGUCAGACGACACACAGAACACGUUAAAGGCUCCAGAGGCUGCCUGGAGUACGACCAUUUACCAGCCAGUCAAGUAUCGAUGGACUGUUUGCAGGCCCCUGCCAGGCCGCCCAAACCACUGCCCAGAAAGAUCCCUCCGGACAUUCAGCCGAGCAAACCCCACAGUCUGGAGUCAGAGAACGUGGACGCCAAAAUCGCCAAGCUGAUGGGGGAGGGUUACUCUUUCGAGGACGUGAAGCGGGCACUGAUGAUCGCCCAGUACAAAGUGGACGUGGCCCGACACAUUCUGCGAGAGUUUGCCUUAGUGGCCCCGAGGCUGAACCUCUAGUCUUAGAGACAGUGAAAGGGGAGCACAACAAUGAAGCUGUGCCUCUGAAUGAACUGAACUAAAAGGGCUUCUUCAUUCUGCUCGGCCUGGGACUGUUGUAACUACAGUUAUCAACAGAAAUAUUUCAAGACACUUGCCUUUUGUUGCCGAACAGAGACGACGAUGCACAACAAAGUGGCUAAAACCAAAUCACAGUAGAACACAGAGAAUCAAAAAAAGGGAGAAAAGACCAUCUGUGAAUGAUUUAAACCUGUGAAAAAAAGAAACCAGGCUUGGUGUUGUUUACAGUGAGCUGUGCCGGUGCUGGCCUCUGGUUUUCAAACGCUCCUGUUUGUCUCCAGGCUUGGACUGUAUGCCUGUUUAAUGGCCUGAUCCUGCUACUGCUGCUACUGUUCCUUUCACAUCCUGCCACUCUCCUGAUUAGGUUUGAAGGGCCUUUCAAUAGAGCAAGACAUCUCUGGCUCUUUUUUAGCCGAACAUGCACAGCCAAUGUGUAGGGGUCAUUUUUAUUUACAACCAGUGGGGGGAGCCAGACUCCACCGUUUCUCUUCUCUAACUCCUUUUUUUUACUCUCCUCUCUACAUGUCUGCUAUUUCACCCACUCUCUGCUCUUCCUUCGUGUGUUGCCCAUUAGAGGAUACUCCAUUAUUUGCCCAAGGUCUGGCUGACUUGUAGGUCGUAACAAGGUGUGGUGAGUCAGGAGCAGUUAAAUGGAGCCAGAGGAUGCCUUAUUGAUUCACUUGUUUCCCUCAGACCUGGAGAAAACUGUGCGACAGCUCCAGACGAGCACUCUUGUUGGACUUGGUAUCUUAUUUGGACAAGAGGAGGGAAACAGGAAAAACGAUAGAAGGUUUAUUUUCACCUUGUUUCUGUUCCAAGACUAGGGGAUUCAUCAGCUGGUGCUUUUUUUUUAACUUUCUUCAUCUGAGCACAGCAAGCCUAUGAAUGUAUUCAUUCUGUUUGAGUGAGCUACACCUUUGUACACUGAGCUCCUCUCAGGCCCCCAUCUUGCCCUUAAGUGACUAAGUGGUGGAAAUGUUUAAUGUUUGUGGAAUUCUCUUAAUUUCUCCAUGACAAAAGCCAGAGUGCCUGCAUUUCAGCUCAAGCAUUUAAAUGACAGGAGUGAGCCAGACGUCGCUGAUAGAGACGAUGUGCUCUGCAGCCGCCUGUCGCCACUUCAAUUACACAGCCAUCAUGUGCUGAAAAUGUCCACAUUCCCCACGUGUCUGAGGAAUCGCUGUCAGUCUGAUUUGCAGUAAUUAUGCAUCUUCUCUGUGGGGUUAUAGUGUGAAUACAGCAGAGACGAACAGAGUACUGCAGAGCAUUCAAACACUGAGAUGAGUCAUAUGCACCUUCACAGUGCAGUAGCGUGAAGUUAAAAGCCCCUUAACCCAGAAUCUGGAAUCAGGUGUAUUUCUCCAUAAUGACUGCAAGAUAUCUCACCAGUGCAAAUAUUGGGUUUGUUCGAAUGCAAAAUUAUUUUUUAUCCUUUUUCCUUUUCAGAGCAGUAUGCAAGCUGUUGGCAGAUCUGUGAUAGAUCUGUUAGGGGUGCAGUUUGCAAUAAGACAGGGCUAUGUUUACCCGGCUGUUGUUCUCAUACUAAUUAAAGGAUAAUUAGAGUUUGUAAUUUGGGAAUUAAUUUUAUUCUUUUGACCAUUGGUUAUGGUAACAUUGUAUUCACCAAAAUAAUUGUUCAGACCUGGAUCUAGGAUCACUGUGACAUCAAUACAUUUCUACAGAUGAGGACAAACAUUUUUUGUUUCUUCCUCCACAUAAGUUUGUCUAACCUGGGGAUUUGUUUAAAACAUGUCUGGAUCCUCCCGUUUAUUUCCCAGUUUGUAACCCAGUUGCAUGAAAAAGUAUUGGCACUGUACGUUUCUGCAAACCACGGAUAGAUUACAUUUGUAUGUUAUUAUGUGUCCAGUAGCCCUUUUUACACAAACAUAGUGCUACAGGGCCGCCAUGAAGUCCCUUUUUCACGCAGUUUUAUGCAGAACCAAACGACAGCAGCAUCAUGCAGCUCCACUGUGUGAUUUUAGACAGCAUGCCAGCAGCAUCAGCCUCCAGUGUGGUGUAUAAUAUAUGCGUCGACAGUGGCAUAACAUGGUAAUAACAAUCAUUUACCAUCCCUGUUAUAUGGCAGCUGAUCCUGUCCUCUGCUUGGAGGAGCUCCCAAACUCUUCUUUGAGUUAGCUGCUAACUGCUGCUAGUUGUUUUUUAAGUCUCCCAGCAGUGUGUUUCACACAUAACACAUUGUCGAAACAUCACACCAAUCCGGUCCAUGGUCCCACCCUACCAGCUGUUCUUUUUUUUACACAGACGUCAAUUUGGUGCUGUUACCAUCCCCUUUGCUUGUUUAAAAGUGAGACAACUCUGUCCCCUCAUUACACAAUUGUAUCUUUUAUACAGAAUGGCAAGGCAGAAUAACAGCGUGAAAUUCCCAUCUUGAAUAGGCAGUGCAAAAGGGGUGACUGAAACUUUACGUUUCAACAGCACUGCAGUUAACACGUGAUUAUGUUUAGGCACAAAAGCCACUUGGUUGUGGUUAGAUACCCACUUCUGAUGGCACAAUCCCUGCUGGAAACACAGCAAUGUCUCUGUAGAAAAACAGCUGCUUUUCGUCACUAUUCCCAGUGGAAAUAGUGAUGACUCGAUAAAAAACAACAGGUGUUGUUGUUUGUUCGUCUACAACAGUGGUCUUGCCUGACAAGCUAUAGACCACACCAUCCACCAUCCCCUCCACCUCCAGAUGACAAAGUCAGCUCAUAUAAUAAUGAUUAAUUAUGACGUUGAUAUGAUACGUAUGAAAUGUCCAAAUGUAACAUGGUUGUGGUUUGCCGAGAUGUACAAUGCAAACAUUUUCUAUUACUACUACUACUUUCUGCCACAUGGGCAGCAAUCCGUUGUCUUUUUAACGAGGGUUGGGUUUCCAGAUCUCAGCAAUUUGAUGAUACAGUGUUCUCCUUACUGAUAAAAACCUCUAUUAUUCUGGUUAGGUCUUUCAUUAAGUUUACUACCUGUAAAAUUUAAAAUGUGAUGACUGAUGACCUCUUGAGACCCUGUAGUAUUUGCGUCCAUAACAGUCGGCACUUCUUCACUGGUUACAGCUAGAUUAUUUAAGAAAAGCUAUUUUAACAAAUUUUAACGGAGAAUUUAUUGUCUGUGAAACAUUGGGCUAACAGAGGUAAACAUUUUAUCUACUGGAGUGUAAAUAGAUGGGUAGAGUGGAUCUUUUCUUCUUGAAAGUACAAUGUGAUAUGUCAAUAUGAUAUGGUAUGUCAUCCUAACUAAUGUAUACCAGGACUGUAGUAACUUUUAUUAUAUUAACAGCCGAUGCAGCAAGCUGAGCUAGGAACCUUGAGACUGUGCAGCAUGUGGGUCUGUGUGUUUCUGAACGAACAAGCAGAGGAAGACCGGGAGAUCCCUUUGUCUGUUUGCACUGAGGUCCCCCCUUUGUGCCUUGAGCUAGACCACAGUGUACCCAGGGACGAGCCGAGUAAACACAGCAUUGACCCAUUUUCACCUCCACGCUCUCAUUUUUCUGCAGCCAUUACUAUGCUAGCAAAAUUCAUUUGAGAUGAUGUAUUGUAGUUUUCCUAAUAGAGGAGCCUUAGAGUGUUGAAUGAUGAGGUCUCACACAGUGCUCCUGGUUAAAGAUCGAAUAGUCUGGCUGCAAAAUUGGAAAUGAAAAGGUUCAGCUGGAACGUUCGGAUAAUACAGCAGGAGAAAGAUGAUGAUUCCUGUCCUUAAUGACACAGCUCACUAACUUUUUUUUUUUUUUUUUACAUCCGCUUCUAUUCACAGAGUGAGAGUGUGAAACCAAACGUGAAAGCACUUUCUCAACUUGUGCUGUGUUUUUGUUUUUCUAUGUUGGAAUGCACCAGGCAUCUUAACAGCUUUCUCACAACUACAGUAUGAUUUUAUGAGGUCAUCCUAACCCUGAUUUGACAUUUAUACUUCUAAGUAAACCAUGUUACCAUAGCAACCAGGUUACGGAAAAUUUGCUGUGUGCAUGUAAACAUGUGAGUUUGGCUCUCUGUGCUGCAUGGUCAACCAUGGGAAUAAAAUGAUGCUCGGUGAUGGAGACACAAUACCCAUCAGUGAAUGUGCUCUUAAAGUCAACAGUGUGGGAGGCACAAAAGAUGUAAUGUUUUAUUUCAUUUAUUAUUUUAGUCAUCUGGUCAGUGUAACAUCAAAUGACCCCCUCACCGCCAUCCUUACCUUCCUUUUAUAAGCAGCAUGUUAAAGGGGAACACUGCUGUAGUUUAAAGGGAUAGUUCAGAUUUUUUUGAAGUGGGGUUGUACUGGGUACUUAUCCAUAGGCAUUAUAUUACAUACAGUAGAUUUCAGUCAGCACACCCCCUAGUUUGGAGAAGCAGCCUGACGUGGAAGCAAAGCAAUCUACUGCUGUGGAAGGGUCAGCAACAAAAUUUUUAGCCAUCGUAAAAAAGUCCCACCUAAAAUAAUGUAUAUGAGAGUAUUUUCACUACUUUACCUUGCCGUCAGACAGUGAUUUCCAACUGGAAAAUGGAGCAGUUACAUCGUUCUCUGCAAAGCCAGACUCCUUUGAGAAAAUCAGUGAUUUAUCAUUGCUAAACACAGGAGCUGCUGCCUUGAUCAGUUAUUUUGUUUGUGUUAUCGUGGGGUUAGACCGAAUUCAUUGAAGUCACACAAUAACACAAACUAACUAACUGAUCAAAGUAUUGGUAGUCCAGCAGCUCCAGCAAGCUAAACUUGUUUUCUCUCUGAUGGAACGGGCUGUCUGACGGUGAGGUAAAGCGAUGAAAAUGCUCUCAGCAUAGCACACACUUAAUCUGAUACUGACUUUUUAAGGUGGGACUUAUUUUAGGUGGCUGAAAUACAUUUUGUUGCUGACCCCCAUCCACAGCAGUACAUUGCUUAGCUUCCAUGUCAAACUCCAGCCUGCUUCUCCAAACUGGGGGCCUGCUGACUGGCAUCUACUGUAUGUAAUACACUCACUAUGGAUAAGUACCCCAUACAACCCCAAUUAAAAAAUUCGGAACUAUCCCUCUAACAUAUGUUAAUAUUGAAGCCUAAAAGAGAGAAUUAGUGAUAAUGAGCGAUGCUGUGUGCAAAGAGGAAGUCUGAGAACCAAGUCUCUAAUCUCUGUUAUCAUCCUGCACACACACAUUCAUAAAGCAUUUUUGCAGCACAGCCAUAAAAGUAUGUCAGCUAAACAAAAACACACAUAUAAACAUAUAAUUAAGCACUUAGAUAAUGCUUAGUCAUCAGCUUAGCAGCUUUGUCUGCUCCCGGAACUCACCAAGUUCAUUUACAUUUCAACAUUCAAAUGAUGUUUAUUGUCACAGUUUGUACUGAAGCAGAAAAUCCCUGCAAAGAAAUCUGUAAAACCGCUCUGCAUUUCUAACUCCCGGAUUAGAGUGCUGUUAAUGUUGCAGAUUAGACGAUGAUUUAAGACUCGUCUGGUUUAUUUCUAGUAGAGCGAGCCACCACACAUAUUCACAUAUGAAAAUGUAGUGGCAUUCCCCUUUAACUUGAGGCUUCAUUUUUGCACUGGUCUGUUUUCACUUUUAUUUUCUCAAACUUGAACUACUCAGAGCUUAGUAUUGUCCAUUCCAUUGGACUCCCUCGUGAAGGGGGUAAGUGGCCUUAGGUUGCAAAGGGCAGUUUUUAUUUUCUAAUGCCAUUCGUAUUAAUGUGCUCUGGUGACAAAAAAGUGAUAUGAUGAUAAAAUGUAAAGCAUAGAGUAAUGUGCAGUUAAUUUAUACAUUAUUAAUGCUUUUUUUCUUGAUAUGUUAUUUUGAUGGAUAAGUAAAUAAAAAGUCACGAUUCCUUUGUUUUAGUUAAUGUUCUGUGUGUGUGUGUGUGUGUGUGUGUGUGUGUGUGUGUGUGUGUGUGUUUUGCGUCAUGAUAUCAUGGGAUAGCUGUUUUCUGACAGUUUGCUCCAGUAUAAAAUAAAUGCAUCACUUUAAGCCAGAGGCUUCUCAUG